AUGCACAAGAUUCUGUUUGAAGAGAAGUACAAGCCCUCCAUUGAGAAUCAAAGGAGCUUGAACACAGCCAUGAAAGAAGUGGUGAGGGCAGAAGUUUUGAAGUUGUUAAAUGUUGGGAUUAUUUAUGCUAUUUCUUAUAGUAGUUGGGUUAGUCUUGUGCAAGUUGUACCCGAGAAACAAGAGGAUGACAAUGUUUCAGAGAAUGAAUGUGGUCCACUUGAUCCUAAUAUGCAAUACUCGCAUGACAUGAUGCGAUAUAUUGUCCAACAAAACACAAUAACUCAUAAUUAUUUGGCUGCCCGGGGGGAAUAUGAGCAUAAUCAGGUUGAUCAGCUCAAUUUUUUGGUGGCUCAAUGGACAUUGAACAGAGGACAAAAUAAUUAUUUCUCUUAUCCUCCUUCGUUUGAUGGGAUGCAAGACCAACCACCACCUCCUCCUUAUUAG